AUGGUUAAGUCAGUUCAAGAGCAGGCUGCCCUCCCCCCCAACCUCGACUUCUUUCGGCAGGCCAUGAAAGAUCAAAAUGCUUGGCUUUCCCGCUCGCAGAAAGUCGAGCAGUUAAGAUGGCAAGCUGAGCCCGAUUCGGGCUUCCAUGCUCAAAAGGCGAGUACUCCGUCCACGGCCAGCACCACUCUUGAAUCGAGGAUAACUGGUACCCGCAAGUCUCUCUUUGAAAUGAAUAUUGACUCGACAGUUUCGAUGCUGGACUUCAUGACUGAGACAUCAAACUUCCUGCUUUUGUCAAGGAGACAGACCUGGAGUGGGCGCAGAACUGCCCCAACCUUUUCACCAAAAAAGUACGGCGAGAUGAUCUUCCAGAAGACCAUCAAGCUCGAUGGAGCUAGCAUGACGGUAUAUUUUGUUGCUUCUACAUCUAAGCACUACCACAACCUUCCGAAGCUUCCUCUGGCCGAUUCUCUGCAAUAUGAGGAUACCUUUCUCGGUUUCGCACUUCAUUGGAAGGGCCGCAUGGGAGGUUGUUCUCAAAAUGUCGACAUUAUGCCGCAUUUGAUCCCUCUCUAUCCAAAGGAAGCCCGUCUUGUACUCACUCAAGCUCUCUAUUGGCGGGUUGCCAUCGAGAACCGUUUGCACCGUCUUCUCGCCAAGCUUGGCAUGAUAAAGUACUGGCUGCAAGCCGACCGGGACGAAGAGUCCGAUGUUGACAGUGAUGAUGGCAACCGUAACGGCAACAAGAGAGAUGGCACUCUGGAGGACGUGAAAGAGGCCACUAAGGACAAGGAACAUAGUGACAAAGCUUCGAAUAGGGGCGAUAACUGCGCCGAAUAUCUCCAGUACGCCAAAGAUAACGACACAAAUAACGAGAAAUCUUUUGAUGAGGCUUCUAGCGUUCCCUCCGAGGAAGCUGAAACGAAAUGUGCUAAAAAUCCUAAUGUGGAUUCCCAUGAGGAUUCCUAUAUCAGUGCUGAGGAGGACCCUCCUGUUGAGUCAGAGCAAGAAAGUACCAAUGAUUCCGGCUAUGCUGAAGCCAUUUCUUCCAAGGCAGAAGCUGAAACUGCCUACGCUGCCAGCCUUAUCCAGCUUCCCGACAAGGAAACCAAUGAGACAUCGAUUUAUGUCUCCUGCAACGUUCAGUGUGUGUUGAAGAACAAUCCCGCCCUCAAGAAGUGGUACGAAAACUGGCAAAAGGAAUGCUACUGCGAAGCAAAGCCUUUUCUGAAUCCCAGUGGAGUCUUGAAUGCCGAGGUCAGUCCGGACGGUCAUGGCAUAGAUAAGAAUAAGGACCGAAAAAACGAGGGCAACAAGAAGCUCAACAGUACCGAGGACGAGAAGUUUGUCGCCAACAUUACCGCUCCUGAUGCUGAGCGGAAGACAGCUGCCAGUAAUGUCAAGAUUGUCGAGCCAAAGAGAACAUUCUAA